AAGAAACAAAUCCAACGUCUCCGUCUCUUCUCUCUUCUUCAAACGCGUCUUCUUCUUCCUCUUCUUCUCUAUUUUAACCCUUUCAUCGUCGCUUCUCUUUUUUUAGUUUUUUUUGUUUCGUAUUAGGAAUCUUUGCUUAAUCUUUUCCCUCAUCUAAUCUCUCUCUCUCUCAUAUCAUUGAUCUGAAAUCUGAAUGAUGGAUUAUUAUUCUACGCCAAGCUUCUGAGAUUACAAUAGGAACCCUAUUUCUUUUCAUCUAUCAGAUUAAUGUUGUUUGCUUUUGUGAAUGCGUGUUUGAAUCCUGAAUCCUGCGUUUCUCGAGUUGGAAUUGACAAGAACAAGAAGAAGAUUGGGUCUCAUAAUAAUAUAGUUAUAAGCACUGAUUUGAUGAACGAUUUGAUUGCUGGUUCUUUUGGUUGAGAGAGUUGAGAGACUAUGUGAAUUAUGGUAUCUACUACAUUUAGGAGAAUUGUAUCGCCUUGUUGGAGACCUUUUGGUAUUGGAGAAGAUUCUAGUCCUGGUGCUUCUGCUGAUGAUGCUAAUAAUAGCCGUCUCGAUGGUCUCUUUUGGUACAAAGAUUCAGGGAACCACAUCGCUGGCGAGUUUUCUAUGGCUGUCGUUCAAGCUAACAACAUUCUUGAAGACCAUUCCCAGUUAGAGUCUGGUCCUAUUAGUUUGCACGAUUCUGGUCCUGAGGCUACUUUUGUUGGUGUUUAUGAUGGUCAUGGAGGUCCUGAGGCUGCUCGGUUUGUUAACGAGAGGCUCUUUUAUAACAUCAAGAGGUACACAUCAGAGCAGCGCGGGAUCUCGCCUGAUGUUAUCACCAGAGGGUUUGUAGCAACGGAGGAGGAGUUUCUCGGUUUAGUGCAGGAGCAAUGGAAGGAAAAGCCACAGAUUGCUUCUGUGGGUGCUUGUUGCUUGGUUGGUAUUGUUUGUAAUGGUUUGUUGUACGUUGCAAACGCAGGAGAUUCUCGUGUUGUGUUGGGAAAAAUCGCGAAUUCGUACAAAGAGUUGAAAGCUGUUCAACUAUCCUCAGAGCAUAACGCUAGUAUUGAAUCCGUGAGAGAGGAGUUACGUUUGUUGCAUCCUGAUGAUCCGAAUAUAGUGGUCUUGAAACACAAAGUUUGGCGCGUGAAAGGGAUUAUACAGGUUUCGAGAUCCAUAGGUGACGCGUACCUUAAGAGAGCAGAGUUUAAUCAAGAACCGUUGUUGCCAAAGUUUAGAGUUCCAGAACGUUUUGAGAAGCCUAUCAUGAGAGCGGAACCGACUAUAACAGUUCAUAAGAUUCACCAGGAAGAUCAGUUUCUUAUAUUUGCCUCGGAUGGUUUAUGGGAGCAUCUAAGCAACCAGGAAGCUGUUGAUAUUGUCAAUUCUUGUCCACGCAAUGGUGUGGCUCGGAAGCUAGUGAAAGCUGCAUUGCAAGAAGCAGCAAAGAAGAGAGAGAUGAGAUGUUCGGAUUUGGAGAAGAUAGAACGUGGCAUCAGGCGACACUUUCACGACGAUAUAACAGUUAUUGUUGUCUUCCUCCACGCAACAAACUUUGCGACUCGAACUCCCAUCUCUGUCAAAGGAGGUGGUCUCCUAGCUGCCAAUAAUGCCUUCUUAUAGACCCUUUUUAUUUGAUUAUUAUUCUUUCUUUUAGUUUUUUCUUUUUUUGGAACCAGAGAAUUUGAUUUUGUUUGCUUCCUCCGUUACAAAAUUGUGUGAAAAAUUUUACUUUCAAAUU